CAGUUCAGUGUCUCUACCAGUGUUAAGCGGUUAGGAGGUGAGCUCUUCAAAACUUUUCCGUUCUCGUAUAAAUCCAAAAACGAUCGCAUUUCAUUUCAAUAUACUUAUAAAAAUUGUUCCCCGUACAUAACGAUUUUCCACUAAGUGUUAUAAUUCUGUUUAAGUUGUUCGUAAAUCAUUUUUUUUUUCAACUGUGUUUCAUUUUUAAACAAACUAUAAUAUUUUGUUCAUACCUUUAUGUUCAGUGGUCAGCACUUUUGUUAAAGGUUUGUACGUUUAUUUGUAUUAUGGUUAAUUAUUUAAUUUAUAUUCGGAGCGUAGCGAGGGAUCUAUUGGUUUUACUACGAUAUGUGUUUUUUAAAUGUUUGUUUUCUGUUUGUAAACAAUUAUUCGAAAAGAAAACUUGCUCCGAUGUAUCAAGUGUAGAACUUUUUCUAAUAGGAAGUUUUAUCUAGUUGGUGUAUCAAAAAAGUAAUUAUUUGAUUUUCAAAAGGGUUUUCCAAAUGAUUGGGAAAAAUCGGACAUAAAAUGAUGUCAAUAAUUGUAAUUUUAAGUGUACGGGAACGAAGGUCAUUAAAUAACAUUGACGUACGGUAUGAGAAAAUGCACGUGAAAAUAUUCAUUAUUCUUAUCGUACCUGCAUGUAAUCGUUUGUCUCGAUUUAAACGAUUUCACAAAAUAUAACGUUGAAUAGAUUUGAGAUUACUGCGAUGUCACUAAUUGUCAACAAUAAUUAAAACAAAACAAUUUUCUAUCUUUUUACCGUUUAGAUUUACGUUUCUUGUGCGCGUUGUUUAGUGGUGUUUCGAAUAGUCAGAGCGCUGCGUUCACCACUGUCUUGGAAUAUAAGGCCGGAAAAUUGAGUUAUCAAAUGCAAUCGCUUAAAGAAGUAGUUCUUUGAGUACCGACCUGGAUUUAUCCACUAUAGUUGUUUCAUUAUAGUGCGAAGAACGUGAAUUUGAGCAUUUAGGAGAUACCGCGUUAGGUUAAAAAAUCAUAGCUAUAAUUUUUUAAAUUAUGUAUAACACAUAAUGUGUACAUUGUUACUUAUGUAUGCAAUUCAAAUGAAAAUAAUAAGAUAUUAAAUUUAAAAAUAUGACCCCGCGCAUCAUCGACUUUUUUUCACACACGUUCCAAUAAAGCCGGUUUGAAACGCUUUCUGAAAAAGUGGUAAAAAAGUGAACUAAUUAAUCUGAACAACCGCAAAAAAUUAACACACAGGAGACACACCGUAUAGUGGCGUCCCGACCUUAUCUUCAAAGAGCGUGCCGGUGACUGACGACUGCCGUCGCUGAACCUCAAACGGUCUGUCACGGGUAUCAGACGUUAUCAGUUCGUCACCGACGACGAUGCGGUUUUCAUGUCGAUAUCGUAAAUUGUCGCAGUUGCACUGCGUGCGCGUUUUGUCGACGGACUCCUUACUAGUUCCGGCGACCUUGCCACCGGAGGCCGACAGGAAGAAUCGCACCGGCACGCGGUUAGUUGUCAACCGUAAUAAUAUCGCUGUUAUAUGUCAUUCGUUUCGAACAUUUAUAUAUAAUCGUAUUGACGAGACAGAGAAAAAGAGAGAGAUAGAGAGAGAAAAAAAACCGGUCCGUGUAUUGAGAAGAUGAGUAUUAGCAUAUUAUAACAAUUAUUAUUAUCCUAACUACUUGACUUUACUAGAAAAUGUUGCGAAAUUUCGAUUUCCGAACCGCGGUCGAAUGGACGGACAAAUUAACGUACGUAGUCAUUUUUUUGUUUUAUACGUUUUUUUUUUUUUUUUUUUUUUACAAUAAUAAUGUGUUACGUUAUCUCGUUGUAAAUCGGAAUGAUACGAUCAUUAAUUAUUAUUAAUGGGAAUUUCGUCGGUCCGACCACCGUAGCCGCCGUAAACUUCUAUAUUACAGUAAAAAACAAAUAAUUAUUAACGCCGUGUUGUCGUUGGCGAUGUUACGGCCGGGCCGGCAUGCAGGUUUUAAAGACGUAAUAUUUAAAAAAAAAAAAAACAGAUUUUUCCGCGCACACAGGCGAUCGUUGUUAUAUUUCGUUUACAUUACCGUUUGAUGACUAUAGUAACUUACAGGAAAACAAGCGGAUAAAACGUAAAUAAACGUUUCCGCCGUAUAGGUAAACCGAGGCGGCGGAGUCGACGAUUACAAAUCGAUAACAGUCGUCAUUUGAUCGGUUUUGUUUUUCAUUAAAUACAUCCAGUUUAAAAUAUUUUCGAGUUACAUUUCCAUGAUUCGUCGGCCAGCCAGAAAAACCUCGUAAGUCGUUUUCUGCUCGUAAACAACUCUUCUACCGGAAAUCUCACUCCAAUCAAAAACCUUACAGAUAGUAGCGUAUUUAUAUCCAAUCGAUAUAUUGAGAUCAUUUUCUGAUAGCCGACUCCGCCCCAGCAAACGACACUUAUACUAUCGCGUUUUGCCAGCAGCAUGUAAAAGGAUACAUUUUUUAAUAUCUAGAUAAAGACGCAAGAGAUAAUUACUAGAACAGUUAUUUAGUUAAUGAUUAAUAAUAAUCAGCAAUUUUUAUAUCUGGAUGAAAAAACAAAAAACAAAAUGGGUUCAUUAUCAAUCAUAAAACUAUGUUUAACGCAGUAUUAAAAGUGUAUCAAAUUCGGUACGCAUAUAGAUUUCAAAAAAAUUGAGUGAUUAAUAUAGCUUAAAAAUUAAUUUAUUAAAUCGUUUUAAUGUAAUAAAAAAUUGAAAAUUUUACCUAUUACUUCUAACAAACGUAUAAAUUGCGAUUUGAAAAGAUUAAUCUAGAUGAAUCGAUUGUUUGUUACAGAUAACUUAUUCUCAUUUAUCUAAAUAAGAUAAAAAAAUACAAAUAUAUUUAUUUAGAUUUAUUCGUCUAGAUAAAACACAACACUGUCUGCAGUAUAAAUCAUCCGUUGUUUUGGCGAUAUCGGUUUCCUUCUGAAGCCACGGUUCGGACGGCCCGAAAAUAUCGGUUUCCUCUUGUAUACACCACCGCUUAUACACUCCCGUCAAGUUCUUUUCGCCCAAAUUCGAAUCAUCAGCUAUUUGUUUUCAUUCCGUACAUUAUGUUUCGUUCUCUAUCCGCUGUCGUCACCGUCAGCGGGUCUCUUUUAACCCAUAUAUGUUAAGGAAUUUUGACGUCGCGGCCCUAUUUGAAGUAAACUCCAAUACGAAUAUAGUUGUAAUAUUAUGAUUCUCGUCGAAACCGCGCGAUUUCGUGUCGCAACAAACAAAUCGGGUCAAUAAAUCGUUUGCGCACGAGGGUUUCCGUCGGAAAACUAACGUUUUUUUUUUUUUUCUAUUCUUUUUUUUUUUUCCCCUCCCGGUCACCGGCUCCACGCAUCGUUUCCGCGGACAUUAUCGAGUACGUAACUAGUGUAACUAAAUGUCCCGCGGACGACAUAAUAAUAUAAUAUAGGCACUUAUAUAUUUUAUGAUUUUUUAUUACGUAUAUUGUAAUAGCACAACGCGGUUAUAACACUAUUACCGUACGUACGCAAUUGUAUUAUAUAGGCGCGAUAAUUCCGUUGUCGGACGCCGACGUCAAGGGGCAACGGCGGGGCGACGAUGUCGAAAUCAGGAUUCGGACGCGUGACAUAACACCACAAUAACAAUAACAAUAUCUACAAUACCGAUAAUAAUAAUAAUAAUGAUAAUAGUGCGUUGUUUUCGCGGGUUUUCACGGCAUAAAGCACCGUGGAAAUUAAAAAAAAAAAAAACCUUCCGCGCGCCGAAAUCAAUAAGAGAAAUUCGAUGUAACGCGUUUUCCCGUUGUGACCCCCCGUUUCGUAUUUUGUUUCGCAUCCACGACUCGCCGCGUAAAAUCGCGGAUACAAUAAUGCGUACGAUUUUCUAUUAUUGUGCGACGCGAUCAAUGAGUAACCCGUAAAUCAACAGAUAUAUUUUGUUCGUCUCUCGUUCCGAAAACCAGUUGUUCGGCGGGUGGCCCAUUAUGUGGGGGAUGAAUGGCGAGAAUGGGCAGUCCUUAUUGAGGAGCGCACGGACCCGUUCAUCCACAUUUUUAUGCAAAAUGUCCGACACGCGCGGCAAUUUCGACUGCGGAUCGCACACCGACCAACUCCAAUUCCUUUUAUUACUAUUAUUUAUGAUAUUAUUUCCGCGUGCUUACAACCAGUUUUUCUGGGCCGUUACACGAGGAUAUUUAUUGUACGAGAAAAACGCAUAAAUUAGUGUAAACGAAAAGCCGAUCGUCGUUGCCGCGACACAUAAAUUGCGUUCGUCCGUCCAAGUGGGUAUUUUGCUGUCCGACGUUGUAGAGUCCGGUAUAAUUCAUCCAAGGUCUCGUAUUUGCUGCCUAUAGUAUUAUAGUAAUGUCGGCAAAACUCACCGGACCCGUUUCCAUUCUUCCUUUCGCGAAAACCCGUGUCGGAAACACCGGUUUUCGAUUUUUCCGCAAAACGUAUAUAUACGUAAUAUUAAUAUUAAAAACUAUAAAAAUACAGGGUGAACGAUAAUAUAUCACGAACCAGGACUCGCAGCGAAUUUGAUUUCUGUUCUUUUUUAAUAUCAAUCGUUCAAUACGGAAUCGUUUAAUCGGAAUGAUUUCAGACACGCAAAUACGAGAUAAUAUAGGUAAUGUUCUACCAAACAUUUUGAUACGCGAAAACGCUAAUACCGGAUUAGCAUCGGACUAAUAUCGGAACGGAAGAGUAAGGAAGGGUAAAAAACUUCAUACAUAAUUUUAGAUGAUAACUUUUCUACCUUUCCGGUGUAAAUUUUAAACUUUUAUUACUCAUAAACGGUAAAUCCGAACUACUCGUAUUAAGUGUUAUGCAUAUCGAAAGUUUUAGAUAAAUAUUGUCGAUUUGGCAUUGUCUUCCAUGGAGUUGCUAUUUGAAAAUAAUGUUAAAAUAAAGUUUAAAUGGUUCCACAAAAUUAAAAAAAAAAAAAAAAAACAAACAGAAAUCCAAUUCACUUAAGAUGAAUAAACUCGAUAACGUGAUAAAUGGAACAGCCUAUUUAUCCGCACGUCCGGGAAAAUUUUCGAAUGGUAGAAAGAUUCGUCGACUCGUUUACCCGUUACCAUAGAUUUAUAAUCUCAGUCCCACAGCAUAAGAGUGUCACCGAUCAUCCCGCUGGGACACUAAGUCCGGAUAAAGGGGUUGAAAACCCUCACGACUUGACGUUUGAAAUAUUAGAGGAUUAUUUCUUGAUAACGGCAACCAGUUAAAAUAUCAAAUAGGUACAUAAUUAAAAAAUUGUAAACCGUUAUAUUUAUAUUAUUUAUUAUUAUUAUGUAUUUAGAUUUAUAAUGGGACAUUUUUCUGUUGAUAAAAAUUCUCCGAAUUGUACACAAGAAAUGAAAAUUUUUCGACCACCGUGAUACAUAUUCGAAAUAUUAGUCUGCAGGUGAAGCGAGCCGUUCCCUACACCCAAAAUUUAAAUGUUUCUGAUAAGAAUUUCUAUAACUGUAUAGUCCAGUAGUUUUUUGUUGUUGUAUUGAUUUCAAUGAAUUGGAGAUAUUUUUAAUAUUUCAUUAAUUCGGUUUAUUUGUCAACAAAAUGGAAAUUAAUUGAACAGUAAAUAUCACGUAAAGUAGACACUGAACAUCAUAAUAUUUGUUUCUAAUUCAUAUGCAACUCUAGACGAGAGUUAUAUUAGCUUAUAUCAGCUAUAUUACAAUGAAAUGAAAAUGUCCUUUUUAUUAGAAAAAUCCCUUUGAUGAUAUUUAAAUAGCAUUAUAAUAAAUUAUGAAACUUCAGAUAGGUAGUGAAAUAUUACUCGGAUGAUGUCUCUCCGCUGAAUUUACAUUGUAUGAACUAUUUGGCAUUUAGUAUAUACAUAUCAAUAAUAAAUGUAUUUCAAUAAGUGAAAGGUCUGCUUAGUUAUUAAUAUUUUUUUUUAUUUGUAAAUUUUCAGGUGAAUAUUAUCGCAUCCUUUUUACAGUUAACUCAAUCAUGGCGAGUGCUUUCAGCUCAGUUUCAAGAUUUUUUGACACCUACGGAGGUGAGUUGUAUACUUAUGUAGUAGUAUGUUAUAUGUUGUAUUAUUAUCAUUUUUGGUUUUUUGUUUUUGAUAUCGAAUUUAAUAUUUUUUUUUUUUUUUUUUUAAAUAAAUGAUAACAGUAAUAAUUUGCCGAAAAAUCCGUGUUUGAGAUUUGUGUUUAAAUUUAACACGAUAACAACGCCGACUACAAUAUCGAUAUUAUUAUUCUUCGGUGUGCAUAUUGAACCACAGUUUUACCUGAUAUUUAAAUUAAAAAUAUAUUCACUGUUCUCGAGUCUACCUAUAAGAUAUUUACUACAUAUAGGUACCAAACGCUCAUUCGGUUCCGUUUUAUUUUUAAAUUAAAUUCUAAAAACUUAUUUUUUUUAAAACAUCUUAUAUGUACCUAUAUAUAAAAAUAAUAAUAAUAAUAAAAUUGUAUUAUUAUUUCGGUGCCCGUCUAAAAGAUUCUACACCGCAGAAACAAAAUUCGCCCAACGUACGUGUAAAACGACAAUAUUAUUUCACAUUUGUGUAUAAAUUAUGUAAUAGUCGAGCAGCAGUAGCAACAGUAAUUAGCCAUAGCUAAAAUGUUUUAAAUACCUCGAUGAUAGUUUUUUACAGCCGGUGGCGAGAUAACAGAUUAUAAUACUUAUAUAGAUAAUAUUAUGUUUCUAAAUACGAGUGGUAUUUUUAUGAUGCAUAAUAAAUAAAUAUAUAUUUAUUUUUUGGUAGUUAAUCAUACAUUAUUAUUAGUAAUAAUCAUUUCGGGCUCGUGCAAAUCGCCUAUCGCGAUAUAUUUGUACGCCUAUCUACUGCAACAAUUGUUGUUAACUUUAUCUCUACAUACAAAAUAUCGUCGGUAAUCUCGGUAAGUGGAUCCAAACAAAUUUUGAGAAUUCGUGGGAAGAUAACCGUUUUUAAGAAAAUUCAAUAGAAAAUCAAAAAAACCGACGUCAUCAAUAUGCCGACUCAAUCAAAAAUGGCACGAAAAAAGUAGGUACAAAGUUUUUGAUUGGAGUCAGAUUUCUGGCAGAAAAGUCGUUUACGAACAACGACAAAGAAAAACUGUUUACGAGAUUUCGCCGGUUAGCCGACGAGUUAUGGAAAUCUACGCGUAACUUGCAUAUAUUUUAAACUCAAUAUAUUUAUCAAAAACCGCUAUCCGAUGACGACGCGCACACCCUUUAACCGUACACUGUCUAUUAAAAUAAUACUAUUGCCGAUUUGCAAUCGUCACUUAAUCGUUAUCGUAAUGAAUUUGUUUUUGCUUCGUGUUUCUCGUAGAUCCCCGAACCAAAGACUGGUUGUUUAUGAGCAGCCCACUUCCGACCGCUCUGAUAUGCGCCACGUACGUGUUCACAGUGAAGAUCGCGGGGCCGCGAUUAAUGGCCAACCGCAAACCAAUGGAACUGAGGAAUGUGCUGAUAUUUUAUAAUCUUUUCCAAGUUAUAUUCAGUUCGUGGUUGUUCUACGAGGUAAGCGCCGCGGAUAGUACGAGAAAAAUAAAAAAUAAAAAUAAAACAAAAUGGCCAUUAUAGCUUGUGCGUCCCACGCGUUAUGGAGACCGUUCAAGUUCAUUGGCAUAAUAUAAUUGCGUAAACUUGCUUGCUUUGAAACAAUGGUUUUUUUUUUCACAUUAUACCGGUAUAAUUACUAUUUUGCAUAAUACGGCCGGUAUAGUAUCUCGGGGAGAUAUCACGUUUAACACGAUACUGUACAACUAUAUGUUGUUCGUACAGGCGAUACGGGGAAAAUUGUCGCACGUUUUACAAAAUUAGGUGUCCCGGUCGUAUUGUGUUCAUAAAAUAAAAUGAAAUAUUACGCAUACAUUUAAGAAGACAAAAUUAAUAAUAAUGGUGGUAUGUAUUGUGUUAUUAUAAAUUUGAAAUUAUUUGACUCAAGAUCAAUUAAUAAAAAAAUAUCAAUAAUACAACUAUUUGAAUGUCAUAAUAUAACAGUCGGUUUUGCCGAACAUUGACCUCCCCACGGAAUUUCGAGAACACGGGCUACCACAAACAUAAGACCAAUGGACACAAACGAUUGAUGUUGUAAGAAAUUCAAAACCCGGAAUUGGGGGGGGGAGGCACCGUUUCAGUGGCCUCCCGUGAAAUCUGGAAAACGAGGGCUAGCACAAACGUAGGACUAUCGGGCACGAACGGCACACACGUAGCGAUUGACGUUGAAAGAAAUUCUAAACCCGAACUUGGGGGAGAAGGGCACUGAAAUGGACCUCUGUCUAUACAUCGGUUAUCGAAAUUAUAUUCGAUUAUUUCGUCGGUAUACUUGAUAAUAGAUAUUAUUUUCAGUUUGUUUCAUCUUCGUCGUCUGUCCGGGUAACGUAAAACUAGCAAUUCAAUCUGACACCUAUGCUACAUUAACUCGAUCGUUUUUAAUUUUAUAUGUAUGUACCUGUAUAUCAUAUACAUGUGUAUAUAUGAUAUUAUAUUUUAGAAUUUUUUUUUGACUGUAUACCGGAUUUAUAUUUUCAUUGUAAAUUUGUAUACUCGGAUUGCUACUAUACUAUCGAAAAACCAAUCGAUUUGAAAUUCUGGUGAGAAUUACAGUUCAUAUAUUUUGUUCACUAUCUGCGAUAGUUGAUCACACAUCUUUAUUUUAGUGCAAAUUACUGACACGUAUUAAAAAUAUUGGUGCAUAUUACACGGUUUAUUUAAACUUUGGUGCAAGUUGACUAUGCGCGUAGUCAAAUUGAGUAAGAUAGAUAAAAAAAAAAAAUUUAGAAUACGUAUAGAGAAUUUUAGACGUAGCUGUUAUGCAUUAUACAUUUGUGUACACUGAAAUAUUUUAAUUAAAUACGAGUUUUGUGCGGGUGUGAGAUCGAAGGCAGUCGGGAUAAAUCGGCCCUUGCUGUAAAACUUGUUUACGAUGUCAUUAUUGAACAUGAAGACAUAAUUAUAUGAUUAUUUAAUAGAACUAAAUGCAUUCACUUGGAAAAUCAAUACUUCUUGAAUUCAAUGAUAAUUAAAUAAUUAUUAUAAUUAUUUGUAUGGCAUUUUAAGAAAAACCAAUGAACCAAUCCCUUUAUGCGAUUUUAUUUUCCAGUACUUAUACAAUUUUCAGUUUUAUCUAAUCUUAUUUUGAUUUUCACUUAGUUACUAUUCAUUAGAGUAACAAGAAAAUGUGGAAUGCUACACUUUUUCGUUUAUGAUUUUCUUCACUACAUAACUAUUGAAUAAAUCCCUAGUUAACUAUAGUCUUAACAGAGUUAAUAAUUCUUGCAUAAUUGUCAUAUUUUUAUCAUAUUUCGAGUACAGUUUUUGUUCAAAACCUAUUUAUACAAAAAAAAAAAAAAAAAAUCGAAGCAUAAAAUUAAGCAGGCCAACUUUAUUCAAUCGCAUUCAAUAAAACAACCCAUUGGCACAGUUCUUCUCUAUAUUGGCGUAAUAUAUUCAGACGUGUACACCAGUAUAGUUUAGUACUGCAUAGGUACUUUAAAUAAUUUUAUAAAUCUUCUGCCUAGGUGCUUUAUUAAUAUUUAUAAAUUGAACGCGCGCAGUAUAUAAAUAUUUGUAAACAAUUCACAUAUUUCGUUAUAAUAUUGCAGUGCAUGAUGGGCGGCUGGUGGAACGAAUACAGCCUCAGUUGCCAACCGGUAGAUUAUUCGAAUAAACCGUCGACCGUAAGAGUAAGUUGGAAAAAGCAAAAAUAAUUUUUAUUUACAUUUUAACGAAAAUCAGUCUCGCGUACUUGGCACAGUUAUAAAAUAUCUAGUGUGCGGGAUCAGUUACACUGACACGUCAUACGAAUAUAAUGUUAUCGAUUUUUGGUUUUUUUUUUUCGUUUUUAAUAAUCAUGAAUUUUAUAAAUUCGACAUACCUAGUAGGGCAUAAUAUAGACUCGAUUCUCACCGUUAGAAUAUCUCCAUUAAGUUAAUCGCAGUAAUAAUAAUUUGUGUAAGAUUAGUUAAACCAAUCAAAAAACGUCUCUACCGAUCUUUGCUCAGAAUUUUUUUUCGUUUUUAAUGAUUUAUUGAUACAUACAUUAUAUCCAUUGAAUAACUCGAUUUAGUAUUAUAAUAGAAUCUACGUAUGACAUUUACCAAUUCCCAAUUUUUUUUUUCUUUUCAAAUUUACGAUUUUGGUUAUUAUUAUUAUUCUAUAUUCUAUAUAUUUUUUUUUUUUUUUUUUUUUGAGUGUCAAGUUACGUGGUUCUAUUUUGGUAGCUUUACAAAAUAAUAGUGUAAUACGAUUUCCAGUUUAUAAUAUAAUAAUAUUGUUUUACUAAUCACAUUAUCUGUUCUCGGGUAAAUCAUAUAGAUGGUCAGCAUAUGUUGGUGGUACUAUUUUUCGAAAUUCACAGAAUUUAUGGACACGGUAAUAUUUCAUUUUUGAAAAUAUUAUUUAGACAGUCAUUAUUUUUGUAUAAUAUACAUAAUUACAUAUUGUGUGUUGUGUUCGCAUGCAUAUAGAUAUUCUUCGUCCUCCGCAAAAAGGACAGGCACAUCUCUACUCUGCACGUCAUUCACCACGGAGUGAUGCCGAUGAGCGUGUGGUUCGGAGUAAAAUUCACACCAGGUAACAAAAAACAAACAGCCGUUUAUUUAUCAUUAUCAUUAUACUUGUGAUUUUACGACCGACAUCUCGCGAAGAAUGAGUUUUAGUUUUUUAAUACUUAUCGCGUUUAUAGUGCGCUGUCAUAAUAUCGCGGCGUAAUUUUUAUUAAUUUUUAAUGUCGCGUGAUAAUAAAAUUUAAGAUUGAGGCUGACAAUGGAAUUAUGGUGACCUUUACCGUCACCUUAAAUGUCACCGCUGCAAAAAGUUUUACGCAUUUUCGUCAAUUUGUUUUUUUGUUUUUUUUUUUUUUAAUACUAUUAUGUUAUUAUCGAUACACGCAAAUUUCGUACAGAGUCGGGUAAACGCAACCUUUCUGUACCGUACACGAUUAAUGAGUUUUAGAUUGGUGGCUACUUUACAUUUCAAUUAAACCAUUAUUUUUUUAAUUAUUAUUUCCAUUUAUCCAAUAUCGUUUGGGGUUGUUCAAUUUAAAUCAGAUUUAUUUGUUUGGCGAUAUUACUUUAGGAACCAUUAAUCUAAACCACUAAACUGCACGAAUUAAUUGCGUGUGGUAAAACAACAACAACAACAAAAAUAGUUACGUUUAUCCGACUACAGAGUUGAUAGACGUAACUCGUGUGCGGCCAUUAUUAUAAUAUCGAUUCGUAUUUGAUGUUCACACAUAGGUGGCCACAGUACGUUCUUCGGUCUUCUCAACACGUUCGUACACAUCAUAAUGUACGCGUACUACUUGUUGGCUGCGUUCGGCCCUCAAGUCCAAAAAUACCUGUGGUGGAAGAAGUACUUGACAACUCUGCAGAUGAUUCAGUUCUUGGCCAUCAUGGUCCACGCUUUCCAACUGUUUUUCAUCGACUGCGACUACCCGAAAGCGUUCGUCUGGUUUAUCGGCAUGCACGCCGUAAUGUUCUUCUUCCUAUUCAAAGAAUUCUACAAUGAGCAAUACACGAAAUCGCCGAAACAAAAGGUAAAUAUCGAUUUUUUCUUCGGUCAAAUUUUAUACCUUUCCCCUUCUCGAAAAUUCCCCCGGGAGGAAGGGCAAACGCUGUUGUUCAAUACAUCGCAGUAUAUAAUAUACGUACACAUUUCUGGCAUGCGGCGAUUCAAGCCUACGUCAUUCAAUCACAUCAGACAUAAUUUCACAAAGCACCUGCCCCAUUCCUCCUCCCCUCUCCCCGCUAUAUUUCAGUCCAGUGUUUCGAUGCGAAUCAUAAACAAUUUCUUCGGAAUUUGUUUUUCGAUAAUUGUGUAUAAAUAGACAAACCUUUAAUACGCGCAGUGAGUGUCCCAUGCCUCUGAGAACGCAGCCGACCCGUCCGUCUGAUUUUCUAUGGCUAAUUAUUGUCUUCUUCUAUCCACUUAAUUUUAUGGCGUUUGCAUCAUCUCAAGCACGUGCCUAAUAAAUAAUAUACCGAUAAUACAAAAUAAUGACAUACAUAACGCUGUACUUGUCUCGGCGCUCGGUAAUUUCAAAUUGGUUAAUUUGUCGUACAGACAACAACGGAAAAUAAAAAAAAAAAAAUAAAUAAAAGCUGUUGCGUCAUUCAUUCGAAAUGGUAGCCAAGUCUAAUGAUACGAUCGGCGAUAGCGCGCUCGGCAUUCUUUUUGUUCGUAGACCUUGUGAAAGACGACGCGUCUAAUCCAUACCAAUGUUUUUAUUUUAUUUUAUUUUUUUUGUAUUUUUUUUAUACCUUCUGCUACGUAUAAGAUAUAACACAUGCCAUAUUGUAUGACUAUAUGUUAUAUCUUUGUAUACGAUUUAUUAUACGACGUAAACUGUUGAUCACGGCCGAUCCGAAUUAGCGGCGGGACACUUGGAAAUCUUCGAUAUUUCGGCCAGGCGAAAAACCAGGCUUUUUUGUUUUUUUUAAAAAAUGCGAUAAAUUAAUUUUUUUCAUACAAUUUCCGCGAAACCCACCCACGUACUCGUAUGAAACCGUUUUUAUCGAAAACCCCGAAUUAAGAAUACGCAGUGAUUGAUUACGGAGGCUAAGAAAUCGCUUCUCUCCGAAAUCGCUGACAGCAUCAUGACAUCAUCACACCGUCUGCACUGACCUAAUAAUAAGAGGAGAAUAUUGAACGGUCAUUUAUUUAAAUACCGUCGUUUUAAUAUUCGCGGUUACGGCACUUUUACAUUAUAGUAAGGUGCAGUGCACUGUUAACCCGCUGGUCGCGUUACAACGAGCGAAUUAAUUCGGUCACUUAGUUCGCGUGAAAACCUGAAACGAACAUAAUACCCAUCGAUUAUUGAAAAACAUAACACAACAAUACGUUUUUCACGCAUUCUGCAAACGACCGUCGGAGCUUACGGUAAUUCUUCCGUUCGGGCUACGCGACUAAACCUUUGCGCAAUACGACAGUUAUUACACUGCGUAAUGGAACUCACAUACGUCAUAAAAGUAUUUUGUGUGCGGUUUUUUUUCUUUUGUUUUUUUUUCGUCGAAUCGUCAAUUAUUUAUUACCGCCGAUCUGUAAUGACGAUAAUAACAUUAACGCGCGUACCUAUAAAUUAAUCGAAAUUUAUAUUGUCGUAAUAAUGCGGUUGUACUCGUCGUCGUCGUCGUCCGGACACUGUGGCCGGGCCAAGGCGGUUGCCGACGACGACGACGACGACGUGGUGACAUUGGAAGGACCCGACGCGAAUCGCUAAACUAGUUCCUUGGCGAAAUUCUCUUUCUCUCCCUCACUCCGUCACUGUCCCUCUUCCUUUCGCUCCACCACUGCUCCACCGCGAGCUCGCCGUUGCGCCGGCACACAGUCUUUCACUCGUCGUACCUGUAUCGUUCACCCGUUUCGGAAUACGCGUGUACACUUAAUGUGACAAUACUGUUAACAAACAGUGCACAUUGUGAAUUUACGGUUUCCCGUCGCGACCACGCUGCUGGAAACCCGGAAAACCGGCGACGAUUUCGUCGGGCAAUUCCGGGAUUGUGAUUUCUCGGAAAAUCGUAGUUUUUUAACAAUAGAAUUUUUCGGAAAUUUCGAGAAAAAAAAAAAUUAUAAACGUUUUGGACGAACGUUGAUAAUAUCACGAACGUACCGACGUAUGUAAUCAUUAAUUUCCAUUGUUCCCCGCCGACGUAUUGGCGUAUUAUUUGAUGUCGGUUUUCGCAGGUCGCCGCCAAUUCGAAACCGACGGCCAAGUCGGAAAACAGUUACAAAAAACCGGCGGACUACUACAUAACCGGGAACGGGGUGUCCAGCCCCGGUCUGGUGCACAGGAACACGGCGGAAGCGAACUGAUACUCUUUUCCGUCAGCGACACCAAUUGCUCAAAUACGCCCGAAAAAUCAAUAACGCAACGACGGUGGACACUAAUAUUGUAUUAAGUAUUUGUAUUGUAAUAAUUGUGGUAUAAGUGAAGGUAAUAUAAUUAUGCUGCGGCUCGGGGGGGGGAGGGAGGGGAGGGGAGAAACAAUGCGAAAACAAUAUUGCUGUCAUACUCGGAGAAACGGGACGCGGACGUUCGUCUUCCGUGGCAACAGGGGUUCAAAAGUCACGUGACACACUGUUUUCCGAUUCGUUCGUUUUUGUCACAUUAGAUACGUUUUUGCAUCGUGUCUGCCAAUACUAAAGUAGUAAAUCAAUAUAAUUGUACAAUAUCAUAUUCAAUCCGCGACAACGCCGGUCAUAGCGUUUGCCGUGCUAAUAGCAAUGGAUUUAUUUCGUAGGCAUUGCCAUGUCAAAAAGCUAUAAUUUUAGAACAUUCAAUUUCACACGACUAGUAUCUCUCCCUUUCUCGUUAUCUGUUUUAUUAACGAUCUAUCCUUCUAUCCCUCUAUGUUCCGUACUCUCUCUCUCUCUCUCUCUCUCUCUCUCUCUCCGUCUCCCCAUCUCUUUCUAUCUGUCUCUGUUAAUCGUAUUCCCUUCGACGGUUCCUCCUUUCUCUCUUCUUUAUUCCGAAUGCCCAACGUUUUCUCCCCGCACGAACCUCCCCCUACCACGAUGUUUUACGUUGUGUCGGUAUACCUACGGUCGUAUUUCUCCCCCUCCCCCUAUUCCCCCCCACAAUUAAUAAUUCGUACAUGUUAUUUUAUAAUAGACACACGUACAUACGUGAAUAUAAUAUAAUAUUAUAUAUUGUUUAUUAUUAUUAUUAUUAUUAUUAUGAUGAUUAUUACUUAUAUUAUAGUUAUAUAGUUGUAUAUAUAUACGAUAGAAGUCGCAUGUAGAUUAUAUUAUUACAAUCGUGUGUGUGCGUGAACGUGAGUGUGUUUGGCACACUGCGUGGGUUAGGUAUUGGAAAUUAGAACAGUCCGUGUAUUACUAUUAAAACGUAUUUUUUAUCGUUUACGCGUAAGACUCGGUAUUUUUUUUAAAUUAUUAUUUUUCAUGUAAGUAUAGGUACAUAAAUAUAUAAACAAUAAAAAUAAAAUAAUUUUAAAUUUAUAGACUUUAGUUUAGUUACGGUUUCGACAAUGUAAUAAUUAUUAAUAUGUUACUAUUAUUGUUUUUUUUUUUUUUUUUUUUGACGGAAGUUUAAAAAUGUGAUACAUAAUGUUUUAAUUUUUGUAUACGAUAUUAUAAAAUACAUUACAAUACUUACAUUUGGAACUGUAUUAGAUUGUUAUCAUUAUUUUGUAUGAAACACUGCAUUAAGUAUCUUAGU